AUGAGUGGACUACUCGCCGCUGGGUUGCGGCCUCUUCCACGCAGGACUACGGUCCUUCCCGUCAGACACUUGCAUCUACAUCGUCAAUCUACGGGUGGCCUCCUCCAAGCUGAUGCUGCGAUUCGAGCGACACGAAAACGAAUGUGGCAAGGCGGAAACAAUGCUUUUCACAAUGCUGUCACUACAAGGAAUGCCUCCUUUGCUAGAUUCUUGCCUAAACUUAUGGUCAAGUUUCUGAGGGUGCCGGCAAUGUUUGGCGGUGUGGCCAUCGGUGCUUUUGCCUGGGUUCAAUACCAAGCAGCUCAGGCCGGCACAUUCGCGGUGAAUCUAUUCAACACAACCACAGAUACCGUUUCGAGCGCAGCUUCGAGCUUAUUUGGCGGUGCCAAGGACAUAGCUGAUCAAGUAAAUCGAGGAUGGGAAUCUACGAAAGAGAAAGCCGAACUACCCGAUUGGGUCAAACAAAUCCUAAAACUUCAAGAAGAUGUUGGUACUGGCGGUUCAGGCGGUUCAGGCGGUGGCGAGCCGAAGCAGAGCAAGGUUGGUGCCGCAGCUGCUGUGGGUGCUACAGCUGCUGCUUAUGGCUACGACCAGUCGGACGAUGAGGAUCCUCGAAAUGUCGAACAGGUGGCUAAGGACGACCAGAUGAUGCUUCUAACCAAGAAGAUGAUCGAGAUUCGAACUAUUCUCCAAAAGGUUGGACAGUCCAGCACCUUGACUCUUCCCUCCAUUGUGGUUAUAGGAUCCCAGUCUUCGGGAAAGAGCUCCGUCUUGGAGGCCAUUGUUGGUCACGAAUUUCUCCCAAAGGGUUCCAACAUGGUUACAAGGAGGCCAAUUGAGCUGACUCUCGUCAACACGCCAUCUGCUAAGGAGGAGUAUGGCGAGUUUCCCGACCUAGGACUGAGACAUAUCACCGACUUUUCAUCAAUUCAGCGGACUCUAACCGAACUCAACCUUGCCGUCCCCGAUAGCCAGUGUGUCUCUGACGACCCAAUUCAUCUAACCGUCUACUCCCCGAACGUGCCCGACCUGUCACUUAUCGAUCUUCCCGGAUACAUCCAAGUUGUAGGACAAAACCAACCCCUGGAAUUAAAGCAGAAAAUUUCCGAGCUUUGUGAUAAGUACAUUCAGCCUCCUAAUGUCAUCCUUGCCAUCUCUGCUGCCGAUGUGGAUUUAGCAAACUCGACUGCUCUCCGCGCGUCUCGCAGGGUUGACCCUAGGGGUGAGCGAACAAUCGGUGUGGUUACUAAGAUGGACUUGGUCGAUCCUGUCCGUGGGGCAAACAUCUUGAAUGAUCAACAGUACCCCUUGAGGCUGGGGUAUGUGGGCGUGAUUUCCAAGGCGCCUCAAAACCAAGGACUAUUCAAGAUGGGCAACACCAAUCGGCUUGCCCAAAUUAACAAACAAGAGAAGACCUUCUUUGACGCCCACCCCAGGGAAUUCGGUCCUGGAGCUGAAGUCAAUGUUGGAACCAAGACGCUCCGCAAGAAGCUUAUGCAUGUCUUAGAACAGACAAUGUCUGGAAGCCUACAAAGCACCAGUGAUGCUAUUCGACAAGAGCUUGAGGAGGCCACAUACGAGUUUAAGGUUCAAUAUAACGACCGCCCGCUUUCGGCCGAAUCUUAUCUUGCAGAGAGUUUGGAUUCCUUCAAGCACUCUUUCAAGCAGUUUGCCGAGGAGUUUGGACGUCCUCAGAUGCACGAGCUUCUGAAGCAGGAACUGGACCAGAAGGUCCUUGACUUGCUCGCGGCCAGGUAUUGGAACAAGCCCAUCGAAGAUCUCUCGCCAGUGAAUCCCGACUUGGACAAUCUAGCAGAUCUACCGAAAGCUCCUGCCGAUUCUCUUUACUGGCACCGACAGUUGGAUGCUUCUACAUCCGCGCUUACGAAGCUCGGUGUUGGGCGUUUGGCCACCACUGCGGUUGCCUCUUCUAUACAGGCUCACAUCGACUCCCUCAUCAGCAAUUCCAGCUUCUCCAGCAACCCUACCACCCGUCAGGCUAUCUUGGAAGCCGCCUCGAGCAUUCUUAGCGAUAAGUUUUACAGCACCAGCGACCAAGUGGAAAACUGCAUCAAACCCUAUAAAUUCGAGAUCGAACUCGAGAACCAGGAGUGGACUAAGGGACGUGAUCACGUGGGUGCUGUGCUUAAGAAGGAGCUCCAGGACUGCGAGAGAGCCUUGAAAAACCUCGAGGAUAGUGUCGGCGGAAGACGAAAAAUCAAAGAUGUCAUGACCUACGUCGAUAAGGCCCGUAAGGGUGAGGUCGUGGUUGAGGGCGAUAACCGUAGCGGCGCCGGUGGCUUCAGCGCUGCUCUUCUGAGCAAGGGAUGUGAGGCUGUUUUCCUACGUGACAGAGCCGAUAUCAUCAAGAUGCGCCUGCUUGCAGUCAAAUCCAAGCAGUGUGCUGACCCCAAGAACAAGUACUACUGCCCUGAGGUUUUCCUUGAUGCCGCUGCGACGAAGAUGGCGUCCACUGCUGUUCUUUUCCUGAACGUGGAGCUCCUCACAGAGUUUUAUUAUAGCUUUCCUAGGGAGCUGGAUCGUCGUCUUGGUCGCCAGCACCUAUCUGACGACGAGAUCGAGAAAUUCGCUAAGGAAGAUCCCAAGAUCCGUCGGCAUCUGGAGGUCAUUCGCCGCAAGGAAUUGCUUGAGCUGGUUCUCGAGAAAAUGGAGAGCCUGAGGCAGCUCGACGGCCGUGAACGAACAAACGCUAACGCCAGACGAGACCGUAAGCAAGGUCGUUGGGGCCUAUUCUAA